AUGAAGAACAUGAAGAACUCUCUGGGUUAUCUAGGCUUCGAGUUCGGCGCGACAGUCGUGUUGGGUGAGUUCUCCUUCCAUUCGAAGGGUUUACUGAAGGCGUCGCUCACCGAAGUCGCAGCUGGAAGCAAGCCACGCAGCUCCUCAGCGGCUCUACCACUGCUAUGCAGCGGCCUGGUCAUUCUAACCACCUUGCACGCGCAGGACUUCGCUGGCAUAGAAGGAGACCGUGCGCUUGGAAGGAGGUCCUUCCCCGUCCGAUCCCCGCAGCUGUCGCGCGCAUGCGUAUACAUGGACGUGGCCCUGUGGUCGUUCUUGCUGGCGUGCGCAUGGAGCAUGACUUGGAUGGGCUUUCUGGGCCUCGGUCUCGUCGUUGCGCGGCGGUUCUGCUCCUUCCUGAGUAUCGUGGAAGGCCAACGCUCAGAUGUGCCGCAUAACUCAUGCGCGGGUGAAGACGACCGAUUCAUUCUCUGAUCCUCGAUAAAUCAUGGGCCCCUUGUGAAGUGAAUAUACACGGAGCAUCUUUGUUUUGUCUGCGCUAUUGUUCAGAGGCUUCGUGAAUCGCUCGAUAGCGUAACUAGUCAUGAUUAUCGUAGUACAUGUAAGGUGUCUAAAGUUGGUAAUUACAAGGCGCAUGGCGCAUCGUUGGCUAUCGUACCCAGUCGUGACGAGUCACCUCCUGUUCUUUGGCACAUUCGCUCUCCAUGCGCUUGGACCGAGGGGUGACUGCGAUCUCCUCGUUACAUGCCUCGCUCGUACUUGGGGGAGUGAACGAGCAGUUUGACGGCGCGAAAGAGCACCCUGACGGCGAGAACGAGCUGCUCGUCGGUGUGUACGAGCUGCUUGUACGUGAAACUGGAAUGGGACUGUCACAGAACAGCCUCUCGUCCUCCGAAGGCCGCCCCGUCUCUUGUGGCGCCCCGCCGCAC